UCGGAUAUGUUUCCCAGUAACACCCCUAUAGGAAACCCUGGGCCGGCUGGACAAGUUUACCCGGAACUCCGGCCGCUGCGGCUGUCAGUUUGGUUUGUGGUUCAGUCCAACAUGGCGGCAGACGGAUGGAAAUACUGAUGACAGUCCGAAAAAUCGCCUCGAUUUGUACGAUGGGCGCCAAUGCCUCUGCUUUGGAGAAAGAGAUUGGACCGGAACAGUUCCCUGUAAAUGAACACUACUUCGGCUUGGUCAACUUUGGCAACACCUGCUACUGCAACUCGGUAUUGCAGGCACUUUACUUCUGUCGACCCUUUCGGGAAAAAGUUCUGGCAUACAAGGUCCAGCCCAGGAAGAAGGAAAGCCUGCUGACCUGCCUGUCUGACCUCUUCAACAGCAUCGCCACACAGAAGAAGAAGGUGGGAGUCAUCCCACCCAAGAAGUUCAUCUCCAGACUGAGGAAGGAGAAUGAGCUGUUUGAUAACUACAUGCAGCAGGAUGCCCACGAGUUCCUCAACUAUCUGCUAAACACUAUCGCUGAUCUACUGCAAGAGGAGAAGAAGCAGGAGAAGCAGAAUGGCAAACUGCAGAACGGGAGCGUGGAGAGCGAGGAGGGGGACAAACCCGACCUCACCUGGGUACACGAGAUCUUCCAGGGAACGCUCACCAACGAAACCCGCUGUCUUAACUGUGAAACGGUCAGUAGCAAAGAUGAGGACUUUCUGGACCUUUCAGUAGACGUGGAACAAAACACCUCAAUAACCCACUGUUUAAGGGGUUUUAGUAACACGGAGACGCUGUGUAGUGAGUGCAAGUAUUACUGUGAGCAGUGCCGCAGCAAACAGGAAGCACAGAAAAGAAUGAGAGUGAAGAAGCUGCCCAUGAUCCUGGCGCUGCACUUGAAAAGGUUCAAAUACAUGGAUCAGCUGCACCGCUACACCAAACUGUCCUAUCGCGUGGUCUUCCCCCUGGAGCUGAGACUCUUCAACACCUCCGGAGACGCCACCAACCCCGACCGCAUGUACGAUCUGGUGGCUGUCGUCGUGCACUGUGGCAGUGGUCCGAAUCGUGGCCAUUAUAUCACAAUUGUGAAGAGCCAUGGGUUCUGGCUGCUGUUUGAUGAUGACAUUGUCGAGAAGAUAGACGCUCAAGCCAUAGAGGAGUUUUAUGGGCUCACGUCUGACAUUUCAAAAAACUCAGAGUCAGGAUAUAUCCUCUUUUAUCAGUCACGGGACUAAACCAUAGGAACAGAGUGUGGUCCUCCCGGGGGACUGGGGGAGGCCCACUGAGCCACAGAGCCAGGAGAUAUGGUGGGGGGGCCUGGCAGGAAGAACCGAACCGGAGAAGCAGAGGAGUGGAGUGCAGCGCACGGCUUGAGAGAGAAUCCCUGUUCUUCAAUGCGUACAGUGAAAGCCACUUACUAGAACUGCUGGUUAAAAGAAUCAACUGCAUAUUGUUAUUGAAAAUAUUUUCCCAAGUUAAAAUUAGCCCAUUUUAUUGAAACGGCUUAAACCACUUACUGUGAUCAAAUUGUCUCUCAGCUUGUGUGUAUAUCAGUUGUGCUUUACCCCCCAAAAGAAUACCUCAUUUGUUCGAAUUUGGCAAACCACAAAAUAGUGUGCUGACACAAUGAGGAACUUUAUUCACCAUUACCGACAUUUCACUGUUAAUACAACCCGUAUCCUCUGCAUAACCUGAAGUGCUGCUGUACAUUGAAUGAUUUUUGUUUCUAUGUUUUCUUAUUUCUUCCAAGAAAUGAACAUACCUCAUAAUUGAAUCAAUCGGAGAUGAAAACUGAUUACUUGAUCAUAUUGUGAUCAAAACAAGUACAAACGUGAUCACAUUAAGAGGCUUUCACUAGGCCCUGUUUCGUGGUUCAAGUUGAAGUCAUUUUGGCUGACAAAACUAUUCCAUAAAUCUUCCCAGUUUUGCACUUCCAUUCACUACAUAGGUCUCCUGUGUACGGUUUGGAAAGAAGCGAUUGUUAACUGAAGUACCAGUUGUUUUGCCUUACAGGAAGCGUGGUACUGCUUUACUUCCUCGCUCAUUUGACCCUAGCAGUGUUUUCUGGGUAAAAUCAUGUUACAGACUGAAAACAUUCAACAGUCAAUAGGGGAAGCAGCCAGUGAAGGGGUGGGGAUGAUUUCACAAUCCAGGUGAAAUUCACCCUGGAAGUGCAAGUCUAAAAGCAUAGCUUGAAAUCCUACGUUUCUUUACCCAAGUUUAGUACCAGAUGUCUGUUCUAAAAUUAGAUUAUGUUUACUGAAAUAUUUAAAACUGCCCAUUUGAGAUAAAGAUAAUAAAUGGAUAUUCGUUGCAGAGAGAAUGUAUGGAGUGGUUUUGUUAGUUACACUCGCUUUAAUCAAGCCAUACUAUAGGAAACUGAUUUUUUUUUUGGAUUUUUUUAUAUGUACAAAAUAAUUGGUUCAGCUACUUUUAUCAGAGAAAAAUCUGAAAAUUGUAUCAUUCUGUUUGAAGAAAUGAUUAGUUGUGAUAAUAUGUUAUUUUAAGUGGAUGUUUUAUAUUUGGCAUAUUGAUUUAAAUGUUCAAUUUUGAUAUGUAAGUUAUAUUCUGAUAAUGAUAAUGAUGACAAGAGGUUUACUGAGUGUGCCCCAGAUUUCAAAUUCAGCCUCCUCCUCUUGUAUGUUUGGUUUCUGAUGAGGUGUAUAGAAAUGUGUCCUUUCUCGUUUUCUUUCCCCAGUGAGUCGCCUGCACAGCAUGUCAUUUAUUUGCUUAAUAAGUUAAGAUUUGAGAUGUGAAAUAUUAUUAUUAUUAUUAUUGAAGCCUGUGUGGAAGUGAAGACAGCUGUUUAAGACCUCUCUGUUUCUUCUUGUGAUCUACUUGUACAUUAUAAGGAUAUGCACCUGUCCCAUACAUUUAUUAUGAGAAUCUACUGACUUUUUCCUUUUUUCUAGAACUGUAGUCGAUUUGCUAGAUAACUAGUUGACCAAUACAAGACACUUGAGGUAGAUUAAAAGAGGGAACUUAUGUUUUCUUUAUAGACUUCAAAAAUAACAAUUAUGGGUUGUACAUUUAGUAUAUUUUAUAAUUUGAUUUUGCAAUACAAUAACUACUAGUUGUACAUGUAAAAAAAUGAUAUCAUCAAGCACAUUGGCACCCUCUAGUGGACUACAACAAAAACCCUUUUUGCUUCAAAGUGUAGUUUUCAUGCUUUCAUAUUAACAAGCUGAGAAUCUACCUAAAACAGGUAGGGCCGCGCAGUUUUCAAAGCAGAAAUGUCAGCUGCAUGGAUUUGCUAGUCAACUACCCCGAAUGUCGCCAAGAAUUUUCAUUCCUACAUAAAAAGGCUUGGGAAUCUCAGCACAAUGUAAUCUUUAUCUGUUAAUUGGAUUCAGUCCUGGGACCUGCAUGAACACAAUACAAACCUUUUGUCCACAUGUGGAUCCAAACGCUAAUUCUGCAGCUUUCAAUCAAUUUCUGUUUCUUCUGUCCUACCUUUUCAGUUCUGAAUAUAAAUUAUGAUUUUCUUUUCCAUAAGAUUUUUUUAAAAGUUCUAAAGCACAAUGUGUGGUCUAGAGCAUUUCAAUAAAAUCAAAAUUCCCUUGAAUGUAUAUGAAUUGUAUGGUGCUGGAUUUUAGCUCAGUUCACUACCUUUUAAAAGGUUAAAGACCGAUCAGGAGAAGACGUCUUUAUUUUACAUUAUUAAGAUGUUUGUUUCUUUUAAUCUUAAGAAAUGUCUGUUACAACAUUAGUAAACAUGCCUUGACCUUUUGCACAUUCUCACUAGUGUUGAAGUGAUCUGCAUACUGUUGCAGAUUUCUUUGAAAUGAUCAGCAUGAUACUGGAUCAUAAGCUAGGGCAGAUGUCCCCCAUCUUUGGUCUGUGAGUAAUUCCCUGGAUCUACCCAUUUCCAAGCAAAACAUGGGUAACACAGCACCUUACCAAUUUAGUUCUGUGUCUCAUAUUUAUUAACUUUCAAGAAGCUCUCCAUCGUUUCUAUAAUAUUUCUGUAGUUAAAUCACUGAGAACCAUUGAGUUAUCAAAGCUUCCCUCCCCACCCCUUGUACUCCGUCGAAUCUUCCAAAACGUUGACUUGCAAACGCUUGUAUGUAAAUAAAAGCCACUCUGAAUCACGUCUUCCUGAAACAGAAAAUAUUUGGAUUGAAACCAAGGCCCGGUUUGGCAGGGGUUAAGUUUUGUCGCAACCCCUAGUUGAUUAUAAUUUAUGGCCAGUAGAUUUAAAACAAUCACCAUUGUGCUUAAAAAAAAAUCUGCAACAGGAGACGGCCGUUACAACCAGCAGUUCGAAUGAUGUGUCAGGGCAUGCUCACCAAUGCUUGAACGGCCGUGUGUUGCGCCAUGCUCUCGAGACUGGGUUUGGAGAUUGCAAACGUGGAGUCACCUCAGUAUUCAACAGAAUACCUAAAGAAGCUCUGUGCCUGCUUUAAUUAAUAGAUUAAAUGAAAGUUUAGCUUGGUUUCUGAGACUGUAACUGGAAGCUAGUUGGUAUUCUGAACAAAAUCAGUAUUUUGAUCGAAUUAAAGAGCCUAACGAUUGGUUUCUUGAACCCAUCUCACUGACAUGAAAAAAAUAAGCUUUCAGUGCUUGUGAAUAAAUGCGUACAUGAAUGUUAUAUUUGAAUUCCCUUUUCCUAGAUUGUUUCUUUCUGUUUUGACCUGUUCUCGAUGUCUGCUAUAGUUAGAGUGUAAGUCACUUCGUUUCAAUUGCAUGUCUGUUGUAUAUUCCCCUUACAAUCGUAUGGUGCUUGCAAUCAUCCAAAUGGUCAUUAACUCUGUUAUUUGUUUGCCUUUGCUUAAUGUGACAGUGUGACCUCCAGCCCCAUCACUCUACAGAUAUGGACACAGAGAGUAGAUGAGGCUGGCAAAGUGGAAAGGUCACAUUGUCACACAAUUGAAAUGAGGAAGUGUGUUCAGUCCUGGCACUUUGGAUUCCCCAGACAGACUCAAAGCAAGGAAAGGCACAUUUAGAGAAAAAGGAUAACAGCUCAACAUAGGAGCAACCUAAACUCUUAAGGUUAUUUGUCCAUGAAGUACCGGAAGGGAGCUAGUUGUGCAUAUGGCAGGGGGGGGCAAGGGAGGGCUAGGUUGUUGUAGCUUUGCAUUGGAAGUGCUGGAAAAGGGUUCAACAAACUAGUUGGUUAGCCGUUACCCGACUCCACCCUCCCUCCACAUUUACAUGAGGGGGGAGGGUGUUAAUGAAGAAUAAAUUUUUAUUAGAAGUUGAGGACAAGAAAUUAAAGUACACAUUUGUAUUAUCAAUCUCAAGAUACUGUACACAGUAACACGCUUUGAUCUCUACCGUGCAGAAUGCUUGUCUUAUUCAAGUUGAUAUUACCACUUGGGAAAUGUGGAUAGGUAUGUACUGCGUAAGAAAUUUCUUCUUGACAGUGCUAGUUUUCAAAAAAGCAAUUGGGUAACUAAUGAAGAAAAAUGUAUAUUUCAGCAACUUAGAAACAAAUGAAUGUUGCUUAAUGUUUACUUUGCUUCCUUAUUUCAAAUUACAAUAUUUUACACAAUAGUUAUCGUAUUUGAUUGGUGAUAAUAUGAAUGUGAAUCGGAGCAUUGUGCAUGCAAUAGAUAGGUGUGUGUUUAUACUUUUGGGCAUCGCUGUCUGUCUCUCAGGAUCAGUUUAGUUGAAUUUGUCCACGAGGCAGCACGUUGACUUCAAGAAUAGACAUGAACCUGGCUGUACAUAUUGCUUAUUUCAUUGUAACUGUAAGUAAUAAAUGUGUAUAUAAUCUACAGAGUACAUGAUUGAGUAGGGUCGACAGCAAACCAACCUUACCUUUUAAUGGCGGUUCUGAGUGCUGCUGGAAGCUGUUUUGAAAAGAUUUUAGAAGCGUUCGUUCCGUUUGACCCCUCACUGAGUAAAUGCAUUGUUUACCGAGGGUAAUGCUUACACAGUCUGAUUUACUGACCAGUCUGAAUUAUAAUUGUUAGAUACGGCAGUAACUGACAUAAUCAGAUCAUUUUGGGUUGUUAUAGUGACGCCACUGAGGUGGUAAAAAAGACACUCCUGUUUGUUAGCCAUCGAGAUCAGAAUAGGGAAGUGAAAAUUUGAAGUUCUGGUAACUGCUGAGCUUUUAAAACCAGGUCAAAGCACUUUCCCAGAACAUGCCACCAAAAAAAAAAAAAAAAUCAUAUUUGAGCAACAGCACUCUACUCAGAACGGUUGCAAAUAUCAUAAAAAGGCAAAGGAAAUAAUACAAAAAAAAGGUACAAAAUAUCAACUGAAGCUACUUGGCCUGUAAAUACAGAUUUCUGACCCACCAAAAUGCUUGCUUUCAUAAGGGCUAAUAUGUACCAAUAAGUAUUGCUGUUCAAAUGCAAAAACAGUUAUUUAUAUAUAUAGACACACACACACACACACACACACAGUAUAUAAAACCUUGAUAUAGUUGCAGCUUGUGAAGUAAGGAUAUGUUUCAUGUGUUAAAGACCAAACCUGGCUAGCAAUCAGAGUACAGAGCCAAUGCAGACCAUUGAUUUCCAAUGAUUUCCAUUGAUUCCCUGCCCCCAGUAUUAUUGAGCUGGUGAAAACAGUGACACUAAGGAAGAAAUUACUGAAAUCUUCAUUCAGGACACUAAUAAACACAUGUGCUUUAUAUAAUUGGUUGAAUCAUUUUUACAAAACAAGAUUGAUCUGAGAGAUACACUGUUGGAACAGAUGUACAGAUUAGCAAGUGCACUUUUGAUACAGAUUUAUAAUGUGGGAACAGGUGUAGAUUACGGGGUACAGCACUCCUGUUGUGAAUUGAAAAGGAUCCCACCUGUCUCAAUAAAAAGCAAACUAUGGGCAAAA